AUGGGAGAUUUAGACACACGGGUUGCAGAACGGAACAGCGAAGAAAACCAACAGUGGAUGUGCAUGAUUACCACGCUGAGUCUAACACAUUCAGACGGUUACGUCCUUUUUGGUGAUGAUAACGCCAUACCAGUUCCUGACCAUCUCCACAACUGGUACGAUUUUUGGGAUGCUGACCUCGGACAACCGACCCAAGAGAAAGCAGUUCAAUACCAAGAUGUAGCAGAGCUUUUUAUCCGCGAGUAUGAAAAGGGGUGGGUAGUCUAUAACCGGAGCGGUGCUAUGAGAACUGUCACUUUUGAUGAACCUGUCAUAGGAGUCAACAGCGGUAAGCGCAAUUCACGUCAUGAGAUUCCGGACUUUGAUGGCGAAAUUUUCCGGAAGACUGAUAAAGAUUGA